CGGGGAGCCAGAUGCCUGACUGAGCGGUGGUGGAUAUCGUGGAUGCCAGAGCAGGCUAGAGCUACAGUCGAGAGACAAACCCAUUCACACUCAGCCAACGCGAAUAAAGCGAUACAGCAGGAGGGAUAAGGGGAUGAGGUUUUAACGCGCGGGUUCAGAAGACGAGUUACCGUAGCGGAGGACUCUUGGAAUAUUAGGCAACAGCCGAAUAAAAUAAUAAUAACGCGUUCUCCUGUUGUGCUGCUGUUGCGGCUCAUGAGCACAUUAUCUACUUCGUUUGGAAUACAGUGUGUCAAACCAUGGAGAUACGGCGUGGAUUUAUCGAACAGCACUUCGGUACUUUGUGAACAAAACUGGACCUCUUUUUCUACGGCAUUUUGCCCCCAUUUCGUUGGAAUUGCGUUUUCAAUGUCUUUUAUCCUUUGGCUUUUUUUUGGUUUGAUCUAUGGUGUUUUAUGAUUUCAUGUCGUCUUUCCCUUCCUUCCCUAUUUCUGUAAAAAUGUUUUCAUCGGUUUUGGAGCGAAGCUGGAUUGUCUUGUGAAGAUUUGUCGAGAGAAGAUUCCGCGCUGCUCUUGUGAAAGAUAUUCCCCGACUGAGACGUGCCAUGGAUGGAAAACUUAAUUUGCAUCUAAGAAACCGAUCGGGAAAUGUCCGUUCCAUCGAAUAACUACUGAUAACGACGAUCGGGACGAAUGUCAUAGGAUGAACACUGCUGGCGGGGUGUGUCUGUCUGUGCUGUCAUCCCUCCUCGCUGUGGCCUGGGCCGUGGCUGCUCUAGUUCCUUUAGCUUUAGCUCCUCUCUCCGCCUUGGCCGCUGCGUAUGUAGCUGCCAGUGGUGACCCUCCCGGGGAGGCGGGCAGCGUCCCCUCCCCGUGCUCCAGCCUGGUCGCCGGGGUCCUGUAUGGAUCUUUUUCCUUGAGGGAGCUGUUCCCGUCACGGGCGCUGGGCUGUUCCUGGUCGUUGGAGAACCCCGAUCCCACCAAGUACUCCCUCUAUCUCCGUUUCACACGCCACCCUUCUAUCUGUCGAUUACACUCCCCCAAGCUCCUCCCCCUUGACCAUCAUCUAGCCAAUCAAAGCUGCCCGCUGGAUCUGCAGACACCACCUCGCGACCAGGAAGUGAUAGACCUAUGCGGCGGGGAAUUUCAGUCUGAGGGACAAUAUUCGUUUCUGCAGUUCGACAAGAACUUUGUGCAGCUGUGCCUGUCAAGACUGCCGUCACCUGAUGAUCCAGCUCUAACCAGGGAAACCCUAGAACUCCGCUUGGUGGAAGUUUUGUUAAUAAAUAACGAGAACUCCAGCCAGUUUACCUGUGGAGUUCUCUGCCGGUGGCUGGAGGAGUGCCUACGAAAUGGUCGCCAUGGAGACGUUGACAUCGCCGACGGUGACGGCUGUGGAGUUACGCAGACAGGUUGUGUGUGCCCUAACAACCAUGUAGCCAUGGCUCAGCCUGUACCCCUUCUCCCAGCAACACCCCAUAGCAACAGAUCGAUGUUACCUGAGGAUUGCUGUGUCACAGAAAUACACCAUAACAACGCCAUUGCCAUAGCGCCCAGGGACGUCAGACAAGACCCAGACGAUGAUGACCUCAAAGUGAAAACGCAGAGACCCAGAUCAGCUGACCAGCCAGGUGUGUUUCAGGCACAGACAGGCGACCCUGCGGCGGAGGAGUGGUCUCAGUGGAGUGUGUGUUCAUUAACGUGCGGUCAGGGCUGGCAGGUGCGGACGCGGUCCUGUGUGUCGUCUCCCUAUGGAACCCUUUGCAGUGGCGCCUUGAGAGAGACGCGCAUGUGUAACAAUACUGCCACUUGUCCAGGGGACCCCCCAUUGUCCUCAGUGCAUGGGCUGUGGGAGGAAUGGUCAUCAUGGAGCCUGUGUUCUGCCACAUGUGGGCGGGGCUCCAGGACCCGAACCAGGAACUGUGAGAGCGGAGGAGGGGCCAAGCUAUGUGGAGGGCCCGAGACCCAGACCAAACUCUGCAACAUAGCAGUGUGUCCCGUGGAGGGCCAGUGGUUGGACUGGGCUCCGUGGAGUAGGUGCAGUGUAACCUGUUCCACAGGGAGCCAGCAGAGGCAGAGGCGGUGUAGUGCAUCAGUGCACGGCUGGGCAGAGUGUAAGGGUCCGCACCUGGAGACCAGGGACUGUACCAACCCUUCAUGCGGUGGUGGGGGUAACUGGGGCAGUUGGAACCACUGGAGUCUGUGCAGUAAGACAUGCGACUCGGGGUGGCAGCGCCGCUUCAGGAUGUGCGAAGGGACAGGGAUAUCGGGAUACCCAUGCGACGGCUCCGGAGAGGAGGUCCGCUCCUGCAACGAGAAGAAAUGUCCCGCACCUCAUGAGAUCUGUAGAGACGAAUACCUUGUAGCCAUGACUUGGAAAAGAGCCUCCGCUGGUGAAACGGUCUACAACAAGUGUCCGACUAACGCCACUGGUUCUGCUAGUCGUCGUUGCUUGCUGGACGCUAAUGGAGUUGCUUUCUGGGGUCCUCCGAGCUUCGCCAGAUGCGUCUCGAUGGAAUUCAGAUAUUUACAUUUAUCUUUGCGAGAGCAUCUUGCGAAGGGUCAGAGGACCCUGGCUGGAGAGGGCAUGUCUCAGGUCGUGAGGAAUCUCCUGGAGCUUUUACAGAGGAAGAGCUUCUACAGCGGUGACCUCCUGUUCUCCACGGAGAUUCUCCGAAAUGUGACGGACACCUUCAAGAGAGCAACCUACAUCCCAGCUCCCGACGACGUGCAGAAAUUCUUCCAGGUAGUCAGCUACAUGUUGGACAUGGAAAACCUUGAGAAGUGGGAAGAUGCUCAUCAGGUUUCUCCUGGUGCUGCCCAUCUUAUGCGCAUAUUGGAGGACUUCAUCCAUCUGAUAGGAGAAGAUCAGAAACCCUUUCAGAGUUUCCUGGUGGUCACCAACAAUCUGAUGAUUACAAUUCAACGGGAACCUGUGACAGCAGUGUCAAGUGACAUCAACUUCCCCAUGAAGGGCCGGAGGGGGAUGAAGGACUGGGCUCGCAAUGCCGAAGAUAAACUCUACAUCCCCAAGGAGGUGUUCACCCUGGCCUCUGAGGAAACGGAAACGGAGACCUCGUAUUUUGUCAUCGGAGCCAUCCUCUAUCGGACUUUAGGAGUCAUUCUACCUGCUCCCAAAGCACCUGCUGUGAUCAACUCCAAGCUUCUGACGGUGACGGUCCGACCAGAACCCAAACCCACAGAACCCAUGGUGGUUGUGGAGCUGUCCCCACUGCUCAACGGCACGUCAGAUCCGCACUGUGUUGUCUGGGAUUAUGGGAACCCGGAAGCUGGCACUGACAACUGGGACACAGAGGGCUGCCAAACACUCCCGUCUGCUGCGGUCCACACCAAAUGCCUGUGCAGCAGGAUCUCGACCUAUGCCGUGCUAGCGCAGCAGCCUAAAGACCCGGAAAUGGGUCCAUCCAGUUUGCCUUCCGUGCCCCUCAUGGUGGGUUGUGGGGUCUCCUGCACCGCUCUGCUCAUCCUACUGCUCAUCUAUGCUGCCUUCUGGAGGUAUAUUCGGUCGGAGAGGUCUAUCAUCUUGGUGAAUUUCUGUCUAUCCAUCCUGGCCUCCAACAUGUUGAUACUGGUCGGACAGUCUCAGACUCUGGGCAAGGGCCUAUGUACUGUGACUGCAGCAUUUCUGCAUUUCUUCUUCCUGGCAUCGUUCUGCUGGGUGCUGACCGAAGCAUGGCAGUCUUACCUGGCAGUUAUUGGCAAGAUGAGGACGCGCCUCAUACGUAAAAGGUUCCUGUGCCUGGGCUGGGGUCUCCCAGCCCUCGUUGUAGCUGUGUCCGUAGGUUUCACUAGAGCCAGAGGUUAUGGUACACCCAGCUAUUGUUGGCUGUCCCUGGAAGGUGGGCUUCUAUAUGCCUUUGUCGGACCUGCCGCCGUCAUUGUGCUGGUGAACAUGCUGAUUGGAAUUGUGGUCUUCAACAAGCUCAUGUCUCGAGACGGCAUCUCGGACAAGUCUAAAAAGCAAAGAGCUGGCCUACCAGUGGAGGCCUCCCGUAGCAGACUGCUCCUGAAAUGCUCCAAGUGUGGUGUGAUCUCAAGCACAGCUCUCUCCAGCUCUACAGCCAGCAGCGCCAUGGCGUCUCUGUGGAGUUCCUGUGUAGUCCUCCCCCUGCUGGCUCUGACGUGGAUGUCUGCCGUGUUGGCCAUCACUGACCGCCGCUCCACAUUAUUCCAGGUGCUGUUUGCUGUUUUUGACUCCGUCCAGGGCUGUGUCAUCAUCACGGUCCAUUGUGCCAUGCGUCGAGAGGUGCAGGACGCACUGCGCUGUCGCAUGGGGGGGUGCAAGGACGACAGCGAGAACUCGCCGGACUCCUGCAAGAAUGGACAGGUGCAGAUCAUGAAGUGUCAGAAGGUGUCUUACUGCGGCCAGCAGUGUGGCUCUCCGUGCUACAAUGCCGGGACUGGCGCUUCUCUCUGCCCAUCAACACACUGCCACCAACCUUCAUCAUGCCCGCCACUGUGCCACUCUCACCAGGGCUGUCAACACAGCUGCCAACAAGGCUCUUACCACAGCCUUUCCCACAAUGACCACUUGAACCGUGCCCAUAACCGCGCCGAUAACCACACACUCAACCACGCCUAUAACCACACCCUCAACCACGCCUAUAACCACACCCUCAACCAUGCAUAUAACCACGCCCACGACCAGUGUCCCAACAACAAAUCAUCGGACUUUGAAAAAGAUGUGGACCUGGCCUGUCAAACAGAGAGAGGACACCCAUUCAUAUUUAAGGAGGUGAACACCUGUAACCCGGCAACCAUCACUGGGACCCUCUCCCGUAUCUCUCUUGAUGAAGAGGAUGACCCCAAGCUGGCAGCUCACCAGGACGGGGGAGUAGGGGUCAACUUCAGCUCCCUCCCCGGAAACAUCCCCCCUCCUAACCUUCUUGUCCAGGUGCCACCUCUGGGUGUUCUGAAUGAGCUGAGUGACACCCCGGUGAAGAAGGAGGUGAACUUGGAGCAGCAGCGGCAGCAGGGCACAGCGCCCGUCUACCUGUGUACAGAGAGUGGGAUCGGCUGGGCUCGACCGCCCCCUCCUCCCAACAGCCAGGACGGGCCUGGAGGGGAGGGAGACUAUAUGGUGUUACCCCGUAGGACGGUCAGUCUUAAACCCCCUCCGCCACCGGGGAUGGGCCUUGGGUUGGGGGGUGAGGACAAGCCCCUGAACAUCGCGGUGGAUGACCCGCCCUUCCCCCCGCCCCCCUCCCCCAUGACCCUCCACCCGGCCGAGAGCGAGGCCUACCCGGCCGACUUCAUCUCCCCCGGCGACCACAACAUGAACAUUGCUAUGAACAUGAACCGCUCCUACGGGACACUCAAGCAGCUCCCCGCGCAUGGUGGUCACGGUCCGCCGGGCCACGUGCACGCUCCGGGCGCCCACGUGCACACCCACGGGGGCCACGUGCACGGCUACGGACAUUCGCUGCAGCUGAAGCCGGGCCAGAGGCCGUCGGUGAGGCAGAUUCUGACAGGAGGGGGCGCCACGGUGGAGCGCACCCGGACCCUGCCCCGAAAUCUGGGCAGCACCAACGCUAGCGCCAGCCACUCCGCUGGCUCCCUGGAGAGGAAAAGAGUACGGUACUCUGAGCUGGACUUUGAGAAAGUGAUGCACACUCGCAAAAGACACUCUGAGCUAUACCAUGAGCUCAACCACUCUACCACCAAGUUCCACACCAUAGACAGGUAUAGCAGGGACCCCGCCAUGUCCACCUUCAAGAGGGAAAAGCGAUGGAGCAUUUCGUCUGCCGGAGGUGAAAAGAACUCUUCAAGUGACAAGUCGACCCCGACCCAAGAGGACCAGCCCUCCUGGGACAGGUUCCAGACUAUGACCCCUGGGCUGUCCAUUGUGCCGGGGGAGCAGAAGGACAGGAUGGAGCUGCACAACAAGACCACCUGGGACUCCUCCUCCGCCAACACACCAGACACCUCGGAAGGGGAUUUCCAGACAGAAGUGUGAUGACAGAGAGACACACACACACACACACACAGAAACACACAAACAGACACGCAAAUACAGGUACAUUUGGAGAAACACACACACACACACACACAGGUUGUAGCGUACACAUGAAGGUCCUUGCGUGUCCAUGCAGUGCGUACGGAGACAGACGGACGCAGCACUCCUCCACGCCGCUUUUCACAACCUAAUGUGCUCUCUAAAGGAUUAGAUCAUUUGUUUACUGCUACAGUGGAAUAGGACAAAGGAAAGAAAACUGUUCUCGUCUAUAUUUUCACACAGACACUUAAAAUGAGAGAACAGCGGAUUCGAAAGGAACUGGGACUGAGAGAUUUUUAAAUGAACAAAAUAAUAAAUAAAAAAAAAAAAACUUUCUGAAAAAUGUUUUAUUCGUGAGAAAAAAAAGGAUUCUCUUUCACCUGUUUGAUGAUUUAAAAAAAAGAGAAUAUUUCUGCACCGUUCUGUUCUUUUUAUAGAGAAAAGAUCUCACUGAUGUUUGGCACACUGUUAAAACCCUUAGGCUCCUUUAUUACUCUCCUCUUCCUUCUAAUGGAUGACGCAAGCGCUUGCUUUUUUGGAGGGGUUGGGGGGAGGGGGGGAGGUAUAGAACAGAUCAUUGAGUGCAUCGACGUGCCAUCUUCUGCUGUAGCUGCCGUUCAACACACAAACAUUUCUUUCGACAUUGUGUUAUUUUUUCUUUUAUUUUUUUUUUUUGAUUUGAGGUGCAGAAUCAUGUCCUUUCUUUUUUUUUUUUUAAAGUUUUCUUUUGUGCUUGUGCUGCCUUUAUCCCGUGAGACUUUCUCCAUGUGCAGUUUUAAAGAAUGAUUUAUAACACAUCUGUGAUUACGUGAGCUUGCUUUCUGAGGUAACAUGCAUGGUACACCUGUGGGAAUUGAAAAAAAAAUGUAUCUUACAGGGUAUCAUCCGGAUUCAUGCACAUUUCCCGUUUUUUUCUUUUUCCAGUAAAAAAAAAAAAGAAGCAUAAUCAAUUACAGACACAACCAACCAAAGCUGUCUUUCUGUCAGGAGAGUGUAGCCUAUCUGAAAGUGUUGCUGUAGCAUUUCCUUUCCCCCCUCAUGGAUCCCUCCCAGGUCUUGUUCUAAAUGUAUUUCAAUCCUUCUCCCUCACACAGUCUCCCUCCCACUGCAUUCCCAGCGCUGUAUCGAUCACUGUGCUACGUAUUCAUCCGUUCUCUCAGCCCCUCAACAAAACAGGGAAGUGAAAUUGGAUAUUCUGUAGCUUCAGAUCGAAUGACCUGAGGUGUUUUUGCUACCCUGCUUGUCAGUAGUUGCCUUUGUUAUGAAGUAGAACCACGAAAAAAAAUAAGGCAACUAAGCAAUGCAGUGUACAUGUUAAACAAGAAAAUAAUUCUAUAUUUUUUAAAAGUGAAUCCCCUGUAAACUGUAAUUUUACAGUAACUGUCGCUUGUUCACUCUGUUUAUCUAGCUCUUUGUCUCUCUCACCUCUGUCUCUGUUUCUCAUUUCUCAUUCUCCACUGGAUCAUGAAAUCUUUAUGGAACAGGGCAGUCCGUCCUAUCAGUUCUGGGAGUCAUGGCCAAGCCCUGAGCAGAAUUAACCAGGAGUAUUAGCAGGAGAAAUGAGCACUAUAUGAUAUGACCCUGGCCAAAAGCAUUCCAAGAAAUAGCUGAUAGGGGCCAGUUUGGAACUGUCACAAAAACUUUGAGCAGAAUAUAUAAAGUUUAACAUGCCAUUGCCAAAAUUAGAAACCUCACAUUGAUUAAAUACACUAACAACAUUCCGAAUACUCCACUCUACUCCCCUCACAUCCUCACGUCAGUCCUCACAUCUCCAGACUUAUUUGUGUUUAUUUCAAGGUUAUUUAACCAGGUAAGUCAAAUGAAAACCAAUUGUCAUUUUCAUUGGGCACCUGGCCUUAGUCCUCUAACUGCACCUUAUGAUGUUUGCUGUUCAUCCUGGUUGGCCUGAAGCUGUGGAGAAAAGGGUUCGAGAAAGGAAUGACAGGGCAGAAUAUUUGAAGAGAGAAAAAAAAAACGAUCAAAUCAGUGCGAGAUAAUUAUGGUGAGAGAGAUAAAAUGCGGAGGUAAAGAGCGAGUAAUAGCCAGUGAGAGAGAGAGAUGGUGAGCAAUGGUGAGCUCCAACAGUAAUUAUCUUGGGGAACGGCGAUUUGUCCUGACAUUUUCCGAAGCGGCCCUCAAACCAUCUGUUUAAAGACCCCUAAUGGCAUAGCAUGGAAUACACACGCAGAUGGCAAGACAAGAGUGCAGGCCUCUCCAACCUUUAGCACUAAUCAGCUGAUGUGAGAAAUACGGCUGCUGCGGAGUAGAAAGAAUUUGCCCCCAGACGCUGAUCCGAAGUCAGUUGUGCAUUUCCCCUCCGUCGUUAAGGUUGGGAUUAGGAGAUGGUGAACUGGUUUUAGAUCUGUUUCUAAGAGCUGCUUCUCUCCAGCUUAUCAGACCAUAGUGAAGAGAUGGUUUAUUAUGAUAUAUUUUAUUUCAAAAGAGUCUAGAUUAAUCUUAGAUCUCUCGCUAAAAGGAAUGCACAGAAUAUUCUUGAUCUAUCCUAGUCUUAGCAACAUACCACAGCCAUGUUGAUACAUCUAACACAGCAAAGACAGGUACUGUAUAUUCUAAAUUUAUGAUGUAAUUUCCUGUUGAGCUACUCAGAUAUUCAAUUUCAGUUGUGUUACAACUGAUCCAUGAUCAUCUGAUUGUGCCUAAAACUGUCAUUUCAGCUUCCAUGUCUUUUGUGAUCACCUAUUUUACAAGGCAAUCAGGGAUAACAGAAAGUUCAUCUGAUAUUAACACAGAAUUGAUCCAUUUUCCAUCACUGAAGUAGUGUUUUGGGAAAUUUUACAAAUGGCCUUACCAUUGCAAUGGUUUACUGAGCAUUGGCAAGGAAGGUCAUAGCAUAUGACUAUAAUCUGUCUAUGAGAAGUUCAGUCAGGAAACCUCUAGAUCAUGGAUUCUGUGAAGAUGUUUUAAAUUGCAAGGAUGAUGUGUUGAAAGCUGUGCAAUCUUCAGAGCACGCAGUUGGAUGCAAGCAUAGGAUGUCUACUCAUGUUCUGAUAAAUGAGAUGUGAUAGGUGCAAGAAAAUAAUCUCUGACCUUGUUAUACUCAUGUAACCUGCUUGAGAUGUUCACCUACAGCACCACUACAGCCAUCAAAUCUCUCCCAUUGGUGUUACGAUUGCCGAAGAAGAAAGCACCUCCUUCCUUUUCCUCCUUCAUUUGUUUUUUAUACAUAAGAUUGUACAAAAUAGUCCUCUAAUGUUUUCAUAGAGUGUCUUUUUUUUAUAUGAAAAUAAAUUUUCAAAAAUGGA